CAAUUAAGGUCAAGUUUUCUGUGGAAUCUAUAGCAGCAAGAAAUGUUGUUCUUAUUCAACUCUUUAUUUUACUCUCUUCUUCUAUUGUUCUUCUCCUUAAUCUUCCUUCUGAAAUGGCUGUCCAACCAAAGAACCCAAAGAAAUCUACCACCUUCUCCAUCAAAGCUCCCAAUUAUUGGAAAUCUCCACCAACUUGGAUUGCUCCCUCAUCGCUCGCUCCAUUCAUUAGCUCAACAAUAUGGCCAGCUCAUGCUGCUUCAUCUUGGCAGUAAGCCUACUCUCAUUGUUUCCAGUGUUGAUGCAGCUCACGAGAUCAUGAAAACGCAUGAUCUCAACUUCUCAACCAGACCUAAAUCAAGCAUUGCUGGUAGACUUUUCUAUGAUAGGGAUGUCGCAUUUGCUCCUUAUGGAGAGUAUUGGAGGCAAGUAAGAAGCAUUUGUGUUCUCCACCUUCUAAGUAGCAAAAUGGUUCGGUCUUUUCGUAGAGUGAGAGAAGAAGAAACAACCCUAGUGUUGGAGAAGAUCAAACAAUCUUGUCCUUCUCCUUCUCCUUCACCAUUGAAUUUGACUGAAAUGUUUAUCUCACUGUCAAAUGAUGUAGUGUGUCGCGUAGCCUUGGGAAAGAAGUACAGUGGAGGGGAAGGUGGUAGGAAAUUAAAAGAUCUAUUUAGGGAGCUUGUGGAGGUUUUGGGAAUUUUCAAUGUGGAGGAAUACAUCCCAUGGCUUGGAUGGUUGAAUCGCGUCAAUGGUUUGAAUACUAAAGUGGAGAAAGUUGCUAAAGAUCUCGAUAAAUUUAUGGAGAUUGUAAUGGAAGAGCAUACGGAUGGUCGGAAAAAAGAGAGCGGUGGUGGUGGGAGUGAUGAACAUGAUGAAGGGCAACAGGAUUUCGUAGACGUUUUACUUGGAAUUCAAAGAGAAAGCAAUACUACUGCCUUUCCUCUUCACAGAGACAGCAUUAAAGCUCUCAUCUUGGAUAUGUUUACUGGUGGAACUGAAACUACCUCCACAACUCUAGAAUGGGAAAUGACAGAGCUUUUAAGAAAUCCCAAAGUCAUGAAGGAACUGCAGAAUGAGGUGCGAAGAGUAGCAAGAGACAAAGAUGACAUAACCGAGGAUGAUUUAGAGAAUAUGCACUACUUGAAAGCGGUGGUCAGGGAGUCUAUGCGAUUACAUCCUCCUGUUCCAUUGCUAAUUCCCCGAGAAUCGAUUCAUGAUGUCGAAGUAAUGGGCUACGACAUUGCAGCCGGCACACGAGUGUUCAUCAAUGCUUGGGCAAUUGCCAGAGACCCAUCAUUUUGGGAAGACGCUAAAGAGUUCUGGCCGGAGAGGUUCUUGAAUACUUCAAUAGAUUAUAAAGGGCAUGAUUUCCAAUUUAUUCCAUUCGGAGCUGGGAGGAGAGGUUGUCCCGGAAUCCAAUUCGCCAUGACUCUUAACGAGCUUGCAUUAGCAAAGCUUGUGCAUAAGUUUGAUUUUGCACUGCCUAAUGGAGCAAGAGCCGAGGAUAUGGACAUGACUGAAGCCCCUGGUAUAAGCCUCAACAGGAAGUAUCCUCUGCUAGUUGUUGCAACUCCAUAUGCUUGCUAGCUAUUCUACACGUAUCUGAUGCAAAAUUGUACUACAUAUCUGACAAACAGUCUAUUAAGGGGGCAGUAUUUUAAAAAUAUCC